AUGAACGUGGAAAACGACAUGAAGAAAGAACUGAAUAGAUGGAUGAGACCAGCGUUGGCAGCAUUUGCGCCCCUCGGGAGAGCUACGGAUCAACUAACUGAUCAAGAUUUCCAUGUCCAUCUGGUUGACACGGCAGUUCCUUCGGCGCUUUGUUACGCAGCGGAGACGUCGACAGACACCGCUGCCACGUCUAGAAAGCUGCUUACUACUCACAGAACCUUUGAAAGAUGUCAUCUGAAGUUCAACCGGCGCAUACAAUGUCUAGCCGGUCUUUGCAGUUCCGACAUAAAGGCGAUGUCCAGUAUUCGCGAACCAGUGGAAAACAUAUCGAAAACAAAUAAUAGAUAUCCAGGUCACAUUAUGAGAAGAAUCGGCGAUAGAUGGACUAAAAGAACGAAAGAGGAUCUCAAGGAACUCCGAACGCCUUUGAGGGAGGACGUCAACGAGAUAGAAUGA